AUGAAGAAUCAGCAGCCACGUAGGGGGGGGGCGGGCCUAGUCGAAGAAAAACCUUCUCCAGAGACCAAGUACCCCAACACCAACUGCACCUUCUGCAAGAUGUUAUACACUUAUUAUACACGUGCAUGGUAUGGCGCGGGUUUCAGCUUCCACCGAGCUUCCACCGUCCUAGACCAAUAUCACACAUCUCACAUAGACCCCUUAGACUACUUGGAGACCCGAGGCUACCUCACAUUUAGAACUUUUAUACUUAAAGUACCUUCUCUGAGGCAUGAUGCUGUGGAUGCUGCUCGCCCAGGCCGCCGUGGCGCUCGGGGCCUCGCUCGCCGCCUCCGAGGGACAGGCCGCCGCCACGCCGCCCGCGAUCGCCGACGCGCCCAAGCCAGCGACCUCGAGGACACGCCGUCGGCCGGAGGCAUCCUGUCCAGAGUGUUCCCCGAGGGCUUCAAGCGGUCUCCCGCGGACGAGGUCAGCGACGCAGCGGCCGCCAGCAUCGACUACCCCGACGCCCCGACCAAGACGGUGGUCAAGCGAUCCACCGAGAUCCCCGACGGCUACAUGGCGGCUAUGGGCUAUAACCCCAUGAACGCUUGGGCGAAGAGGAACGGCUACGACCCCGGCUACGAGGCUUACAUGCAGAGUCUCGCGUACGACCCCACGAUGGCCUUCGGCAAGAGACAGCUCAAGAGGAAUGACGGCUUCCAGUCAUACAUGCAGACCCUUAACUACAACCCUACAGCUGCCUGGGGGAAGAGGAGUGACUACGAUGCCUACCUUCAGAGCACAGGCUACGACCCCAUGGCGGUCUAUGCCAAGAAGACAGUCAAGCGGAGCAGCGACUACCCCUCGGUAUACCAGGAGAUUCCCAGCGGGCCCAGAAAAGACGAGGAAUUCGGGGAGAUCUACUACCCCCAGCACUUCUUCAACGCCGAAAUCAAGAAGCAGGAUCCCUACAUGGACAUGUACCUGCCCAACCAAUACAUGCACAGCUUCAAGCGGUCCAUCACGCCCUACCUGCUCUCCGUGGCGUCAAACGACUGGAAGAGAGCGCCAAACGAGAUGGGAGCGCAGGGCUUCCACGAGGGAAUCUUCACGCACAACUUCGGCGACUUCUCACCCGUCAAGAAGCGCGGCAAGAGAGAAGCCGACCCCUCGGCAGCGGCAGAGAAGGACUCGGCUUUGGUAUCUAGCGACGGAAACUAUGAUGACUAUGCCAUGGCCAAGCGGCGGUUGGGCAUGGGAGCAAGCGGUUUCCAUGGCGACACUUUCAGUCAAGGCUUUGGCGAUUUCUCUACCAUGAAGAAGCGUCGUCUCGGCAUGGGAGCCAGCGGAUUCCACGGGGAUACAUUCAGCCAGGGCUUUGGAGAUUUCUCAACCAUGAAGAAGCGACGGCUUGGUAUGGGAGCCAGCGGGUUCCACGGAGACACCUUUAACGAAGGGUUCGGUGAUUUCUCUACCAUGAAGAAGCGGCGCCUGGGCAUGGACGCCAGCGGUUUCUACGGAGACACUUUCAGCCAAGGCUUUGGGGACUUCUCGACCAUGAAGAAGCGGCGGCUCGGCAUGGGAGCCAGCGGGUUUCACGGGGACACCUUCAGCCAGGGCUUCGGAGACUUCUCCACCAUGAAGAAGCGCCGCCUGGGAAUGGGCGCAAGUGGCUUCCACGGAGACACCUUCAGCCAGGGCUUUGGCGACUUCUCCACCAUGAAGAAGAGGAGGCCGGAGAUGGACUCCAGCGGCUUCUACGGCGACACCUUCAGUAACGGCUUCGGAAGUUUCUACACCAUGAAGCGGCGACCGGAAAUGGAUUCCAGUGGGUUCUAUGGCGACACUUUUUCCAACGGCUUCGGAGACUUUGCAACCAUGAAAAAGAAAGACGCGGACGACGACUCACAGGCCACCGAGUCCAGUGAACAAGACAAGAAGUCAACGAGAAGAAAGCGACAAGCCGGAGACCUCCUUUACGCUGAAAGUCCCGAGACAGACGCCAACACCCAGGGCCUGGCGAUGGACUCUGGUCUUCUCGAGCUGAGGAUCCCGCAGCAACAAGACGGGCGACCGAAGAGGAACCUCGAGGGGAGCGACAUCAUGGAAGUCGAGAUGAAACCUCCCGUGGAAACCUCCAUCAAGCUCCGCAGUCGCAGAGGCACCGACGGCGGCGACCUGCUCAUCGCCGACUACCCGGUGACGUACGUGGGCGACGAGGAGGGCGCGGCGCCGGCACCAGGACGCUCCCGAACGCUGGCCAAGCGCGCUGCCGAGACCGAGGAGGCGGCCGACCCCUUCGCCGACGCUCUGGGCGGCUUCGAGACCAUGAAGAGACGGCGAUGAGUUGCUGCCCCGCGUCGACGCCCGGCUGCCGCUCCUCCAGGACCCUCCGCCCCUCCGCGUGGCCGCCUCCGCCGCUGACUGGCCUACGAUCGGAAUUUCCUCUCAUCUACGAUAUGUCUGUUCAAAAAGGAUACAAAGUUAGGCAUCAUUAAUCCGAACUGAAGCGUUCUUUCCCUACUCUUUUUGUCUCUGUUUAAAGACUAUUUUUUACAUGAUAGCCAAAGAUUAUUGAAAGAAACCUCAUCUGCUGUUGAUAACAAAAUUGUAUAGAUAAAUACAAGUAUACAUACAAUACAAAUUCAUAUCUGUAUGUGUGUAUGUCUGUACGUACACCUUAUCUGUGCUUUUUUUCCACUUGGCCGAGAGUAAACACGAAAGUCAUUUGGCACACAUA